GAAGUGCCUCUGCCCUAUUAAUAUAUUUAUUAAAAUAAAAUUAUUAUUUCUUUGUAUUAUUACACACAUAGCAUUUGCAGAAGCUGUAAGAAAUUCCCCAACACCUGCCCACUAAGACUUCAAGGCGAAAGAGUUUUGUAUUGGCAUAUAUUCGGAUCAACUAACCACGAAAAAAUAAAACCCUAAAAAUGUCGGAACUACAAAUGGAUUGUGCUUUGGAUUUGAUGCGUCGUUUGCCGCCACAACAAAUCGAAAAGAACUUAAGUGACCUCAUUGACUUGGCGCCUGAUCUAUGUGAGGAUUUGCUAUCCUCCGUCGACCAGCCUUUAAAAAUUGCCAAGGAUAAAGAGCACGGCAAAGAUUACUUACUGUGUGAUUACAAUCGUGAUGGUGACUCGUAUAGGUCUCCAUGGUCCAAUACCUACUACCCACCGCUGGAAGAUGGACAAAUGCCCUCAGAACGUUUGCGCAAGCUGGAAAUUGAGGCCAACUAUGCUUUCGAUCAGUACCGUGAAAUGUACUAUGAAGGUGGUGUUUCUUCGGUAUACCUUUGGGAUUUGGAUCAUGGAUUUGCUGCGGUCAUACUAAUCAAGAAGGCUGGCGAUGGUAGCAAAAAGAUUCGCGGUUGUUGGGACUCCAUCCAUGUUGUUGAGGUGCAAGAGAAACCAACCGGCCGUAAUGCUCAUUACAAACUCACCUCCACUGCCAUGCUGUGGCUGCAAACAAAUAAACAAGGUUCGGGCACAAUGAACCUGGGCGGUUCCCUGACACGUCAAACUGAACAGGACGCUAAUGUCAGUGAUUCCUCUCCGCAUAUUGCGAACAUUGGUCGCAUGGUUGAGGAAAUGGAGAACAAAAUACGCAAUACCCUUAACGAGAUCUAUUUUGGCAAGACUAAAGACAUUGUAAACGGCUUGCGCAGCACGGUGCCUUUGGCCGAUCAACGACAACAGGUGGCCAUGAAACAAGAUCUAGCCGCUGCCAUUCUUAGACGUACUGUAAAACCAGAAUAGAACUGAAAAUAAAUGCGGUUCCAAGAACCACUCAACAUAUGCAAAAGCAAACACACAAACAAAAUAAAUAAGCGAAACAACAUUAAGUUUAAAGAGAAAGAGGAUGAUGCGAUGAUGAUGACCAAACGCAGGGGGUAUAAUGAUGGCAUGGAAGUUCGUUGCGCACUGUAGUAAAAAAUACAAACGAAAAUUUGAUUAAAAAAAACAAAGUUGAUACAUGUUAUUAUUUUUUAUGUAAACGAAGUAUUAAUAAGAUCACGUUUUGACUGGGCAUUAAGACGUCAAUCGAAAUCAUUUUAAACACAAUCGUUUUUUGUUCUUUUUUAGGAGAAUAUAUAAGAACCCGUAAUAACAAAUUCAAUUACUCCCUAACACAAAUGAUACAACAUGUAGGCCUAGUUAUUUAAAGAAACAAAAACAUAAUUGAACAUGAAGAGAUUUAAUAACAAUUAUAAUAAAACAAUUAUACUUAUAACACUAAA